AUGGACUCGACCCUUCUCUACGCGUCGAUUCACGAAACUGAAAUCCCCGUGUUCCUCGCGUCUCCAAUCGCCCAUGCUGCCCAGAAUACCCAUAAACACCUCACGAUCAUCCUUGUCUCGCCCUCUUUCGACUUAUCAUGGAAUUCGAUCCAACAAUUACUGACCUUCGUUUACGUGCAAGCGACGAAGGUUGCUCAGGACAGGAAUCGCAUUCUUAUGCAGAUAGACGUUCUUCUCCACAUACCAAAUACUGCCAUCCCCGAAUCUGUAUCAAGUCCAGACGUUGUCUUUCGUGUGGAAGGAGACUCUGUUCAGCUGCCUCCGGAGCUGAGCUCAUUUAGUCAACAUACUAUACCACGAGGGUCGCAUCCAAUCGCUCCGACUCCAGCUGAAGUCGCCACACUUUCUCGUUUUCCUGUUGUCGCUCUUGGUGGUACUUUUGACCAUCUCCAUGCGGGGCACAAGAUACUGCUAAGCAUGGGCGCCUGGCUUGCAUCCGAGAAACUCAUCGUUGGUGUGACAGACGAUGCCCUUCUUGUCCGCAAGGCUCACGCCGAGGUUCUCGAGUCUCUUUCUGCGCGAAUCACCUCCGUUCGCACCUUUCUCAACACUUUCCGACCUGGUCUCGUGUACGACAUUGUGCCCAUCAACGAUGUCUAUGGUCCAACUGGCUGGGACCCAAAUAUACAAGCUCUAGUUGUGAGCAAGGAGACUGCAUCUGGCGCGGCAUCAAUCGCAUCGCAUCGCGCUGAACACGGAUUACCUGCGUUGGAAACAUUCACUAUUGAUGUCAUCUCCGCGACGGAGACCAACAUCAGCAACGAUAACCCAGACUACAUGAAGCAAGCUAAAAUGAGCAGCACUUACAUCCGCGAGUGGAUUGUGAAUCAUAAACAGUGA